AUGGCCCACCUACUAGUCUUGUUGCUUGCUGUGGUUUCCGGUGCCUUCUGUCAAGAGGCACCACAAGUCCAAACCAGAAAUGGCUCUUACACUGGCGUUCAUCUGCCUUUACUCAAUCAAGACUAUUUCCUCGGCAUGCCGUUCGCGCAGCCUCCUGUUCAGGGUCCCCUUCGGUUCUCGCCACCAGCUUCGUUGAACACCUCCUGGACUGGAUCGAGAGACGCAACUCAAUUCGGCAACAUUUGCCACGGCUACGGUAAUGACAACAACAGGCUCGCGGCUCUUGGCUUCAAAAUCUCCGAGGACUGCCUGAGCAUCAACGUCGUUCGCCCCUCCAACUACACAGACCAAUCACUGCCAGUUGCCGUAUACAUCUACGGAGGCGGCUACUUCCAAGGUAGCAGCGCUGAUCCUCGGUUGAACUUCUCGUCCAUCAUUCGCGACUCCGUUGCAACAGAGAAGCCCAUCAUUGGUGUCAGUUUCAAUUAUCGCCUUUCUGCGUUUGGGUUCCUAGGAGGAUCGGAACUUGUGGCCGCUGGAGCCGCAAACCUUGGCUUUAGGGAUCAGAGAUUGGCACUUCACUGGCUGUUGGUUCGAGCGUCGACAGCUAACUCUUCUCUAGAGAACAUUGCUGCUUUUGGAGGAGAUCCUACAAAAGUAACGAUAUUCGGUAACAGCGCAGGUGCAGGUUCGGUCGGUGCCCAACUUUUGGCAUACAACGGGCGCGAUGAUGGACUGUUCAGAGGUGCAAUUUCUCAGUCAGGAGCCCCUGCUGGCUUCUCGCCAUUCUCUCCGUUUCUCGACGUCGCAAAGUCGGAGGAAGUCUACGAUAAUAUCACAGUCGGUGCAGGGUGUAAUACGACAGAUAAACUUGACUGUCUAAGGAAUGUCCCAACUGAUGUUUUGAACGCCGUAGUCAACUCAACAGCCACUUCAGGGGCUUCCUACGGACUAGUGUUCGACGGUGAUUUCGUUGCCGAUGCCCCAGGAUCUCAGCUGGCCAAGGGCAACUUUGUCAAGGUUCCUUACAUCAUUGGCCACAACACAGAUGAAGGGUCUGCCUUUAUUCCAGGCAACAACUUUGACAAUGCCACGUUCUAUUCCACAUCCAAGAUCGACACGGAUGAGCAGUUCAGGGGCUACAUUGUUUCGCUCAAGGCCAAUGAGACGGUGGCAAGUCGGCUGUUUGAAUUAUACCCUCAAAACGCAACCGACCAGGCUCUAGCCACGUACCCAGACGAUCUCGGUGCUGAACUCGGUUAUCAAUACAAGAGAGCCGUUACGCUCGCUGGUGACUCCAACAUCAUUGCACCGACUCGUUACACGGCUCAGAUGUGGGCGGCCUACAACUACCGAUGGGACGUUAUCGUCAGCGGUUUACCUCGGUACAUUGGCGCAACCCAUGCGAAAGAGAUAUUCUUCGUGUUCAACGACCAGAGCAGAGACGAUUACGACGUCUGGCCUUUGCUUGACAAGCCUCAAUCGUUUUCUGGCCUGGCUUCCAUCAUGGCAGCGGCAUGGGCUAGCUUUGUUGCAACGGGUGUACCGAAUAGCAAUAGAUCUGGUAAGUUUGAUAUUCCAAAGAGCCUCAUAAGUGUGGGAUAACUACUGACGUUGAGAUUUUCAGUCAACGGGACAUAGUGGCCAUUGUACAACGAAUCCAAGAAGAAUUUCGUCUUCACUGGAAACGUCUCCAGUCAUGUUGAGGACGACGAUACGCGUGAGCAGGAAAUCAGCUUUUUGUCGGGUCUCUUUUGAUGUGAGGUGAAGUGGCAGUGACAGACCGAAGAAGUGGGACCAGGAUGAGCGAACGGGACCCACAGUAGUCUGAGAGGACUUCAGAUAACCAAUAAUUUCGCGCGGGGCCCGCUGUGCC